GCUUAUGAGCCGUUCCUUCUCUCCUUGAUUUAAGCAACACUCAGCAUCUUCUGUGUUUCAGAAACAUCUCAAGGCAGAGAAUGAUUUGUUUAUAAUCUUUUAGCUUUGUUUGGAGCUGGAUGAUUUAAGAUCAGUGCAGUCAAAGGCGUCACAUUGCACUGGCCCAGAGCAGUGGUGGCUGCCCCAUCCCUGGAGGGGUUCAAGGCCAGGUUGGGUGGGGCUUGGAGCCCCUGAUGCAGCGGGAGGUGUCUGGAAGGUGGAACUGGAUGGGCUUUGAGGUCCCUUCCACCUCAAACCAUCCCGUGAUUCCGUGAUACUUGAAUUUGUCUGAAUCUUUAUAAAUCAAGGUGAGAAGAGCUGUUAAAACUGAAUGAAUACCAUGGCCUUUGGAGGUGGCAAUUGACCCUUUCUUUGGGAUUUAAAUACAGGAGCUCGUCUGCCCGUGCCGCUCCCCUCAUGUGAGUCCGGCUGUGCGGGUGAAGGCUUCACCCUGCUCCCAGAGGUCGUUAUUGCCACAUAUCGGGAAUAAGUGAUCAGUGUGAACCCUCCCUGUGGGCGCUGCGGGGAUUAAAUCAGGUUAAUUAGCAGCAGGAAUCACUCUCUCUGCUGGCGUGGGGGCUGCUCGUGCCGCCAGCGUUGGGGAUGGGGACUUGUGGCAGAGGCUGGUGGGCGCUGGGAGCAGCCAAAGGCACUGCUGCCGGCUGGAAUUGGGGCUGAAGGAGGUCCCAUCGCCCUUGGUCCGUCCGGCAUGGCUCUGUGGGCAAUGCCGAAUGGUUCUUGCCUUGUAAACUCCUGCCGACAGCAGUAAAUCCACAUCUCCCGACCUGAUCCCGUCAUAAAUCAUCAUAAAUCAUCGUAUUAUGAGCCUCGAUAGCAGCAGCGGAGGCAGCUGUGGGGAGGGUUGGUCCUGGGGCUGUCAGCCGUGCAAGGAUCCCAGCCCUGUUUGUAACGAGCUUAUUUAUUAGACCGAAGUAUUGUGCUCCGUUACAGGUGGAUGUUUAAAAUUCCGGCUGGGAUCUUUGCCUCUGGACACAAAGCAAACAUAGGGGCUGUUUUCCUGGGGUUUUCCCCAAGAUGCCCUGGCUGAGAGAGGAAAACUCUUCCCAGGCUCUGGGUUUUGCUGUCUAGAGCUCCUCUGUCUCCUGCCUCCGAUCCGAACCGGUGAUUCCUUGCAGCGUCUCACAGUGGCGAGGCUUAAUUAAGCUUUUUGUAUCAUUUUAGAAGCAUUAGCUAAUGAAAUAUUGCGCCAUCGCUGUGGGGUAGAUGGGUUUCCACUUAUCCUAGUGGAGCUGUUUCGAUCCGGGCAGGCACCCGGAGAACUGCAGGGGGAAGGAGAUGCUUCUGCCAUGAGGUUCCCGCUCGGUGGGGGAUUCCACGCCUGGCGUUAGCUGGGCUGCUCUGGAAAAAAGGUGGAUUCUCCAAGGUUUGAGAGUGCUGAUGUUACCCUGUGCCCAUAUGAUGCAUGUGGUGAGAUCGUGAGACGAUGUCAGAGGGUGCUGGAGAUGCGAUGUCCUUCAAAAGGAGCUACUGUGAGGACGGCUGAGAGUGCAGAUCAUGGGAUCAGGGAAUCAUUAAGGUUAGAAAAGCCCUCUCAGCUCUUCCAGUCCAACCGUCAGCCCAACCCCACCGUGGGACUGAACCCUGUCCCCAAGUGCCACGGCCACACGGUUUGUGACCCCCUCCAGGGGUGGGGACUCCCCCAGUGCCCCGGGCAGCCUCAGCCAGGGCUUCACCGCUCUCUCAGUGAAAAAAUCUUUCCCAAUAUCCAAUCUAAACCCUCCCCUGGCACAACUUGAGCCCAGUUCCUCUCAUCCUAUCGCUUGGGAGAAGUGCCCAGCACCCACCUCACCACAACCUCCUUUCCAGGAGCUGCACAGAGUGAUGAGGUCUCCCCUCAGCCUCCUCUCCUCCAGACUAAACAGCCCCAGAGCCCUCACUGCUCCCACAACCCCUGUUUUCCAGCCCCUUCCCAGCUCUGUUCCUGUCUUUGGAUGCACUUCAGCCCCUCAAGGUCUUUCUUGGAGUGAGAGGCCCAGAACUGAGCCCAGGAUUCGUGGUGCUGAAGGUGCUGCUGGCAGUCUGUGUUCCUGGAGGAGAAGGGAAAAUGGGGUGAAGAUGGAUUCCACACCAACUGUGCCGAGCUUUUACCCGAUGUCUUCUCUUUCUGGCACUUGGAGGGGUUGGGGAGGAUAAGGCUCAGCCCUCUGAGACUUUAUCCAGACGAUCGUGCGGCAGAUCCUGAGAACAGCACGAUGCGCAGACCUGGAAGGUGCCAGUGUUUGCCUCGAACGUGGCUUUUCUCCCUCCUGCCUCCCGCUCCGGUCCCUUGCAUUUCGCCUGCAUAGCUGAGCGCUUGCAUCAUGGCAGAGGAGGCGUUGGGCUCAGAGGAUUCCUGACAACCCAGGACAUUGUGGCUUCCCAAACGAGGAGUCACGCGCGGUUCAAAGACAACAUCGGCACCAUUGUCAGCGGCUCGGCCGCUCCGUGCACGGUGGAUGUCUCCAUCUGAGCUGCUGACACCAGGAGAUUGAUGCCGAGGAGCUGAUCCGGGCGCCGCCGACCCCAGCUGCCAGGAGGGAUCCAUGAGCGCACGACCUCGGCUAUGGACAUCGUCCUGUCGGAUUUUGUUCGCUCGACGGGGGCAGAGCCGGGCCUGGCCAGAGACCUCCUUGAAGGCAAGAACUGGGACCUGAGUGCAGCCCUGAGCGACUUCGAGCAGCUCCGUCAAGUGCACGCGGGCAACCUGCCUCCCUCCUUCAACGAGGGGCGCAGCUUUAAACCCCCCGAAAAGGAGCUGGCCCGUCCGGGGCGACCGCCGCUCCAGCGGCAGGAUGACAUCGUGCAAGAAAAACGCCUGUCCCGAGGCAUCUCCCACGCCAGCUCCACCAUCGUCUCCCUGGCCCGCUCCCACGUCUCCAGCAACGGCAGCAGUGAACAUCUCCUGGAGAUGCCCAUCUGCACCUUCCAGCUGCCUGACCUCACCGUCUACAGUGAGGACUUCCGCAGCUUCAUCGAGCGGGACCUCAUCGAGCAGUCCAUGCUGGUGGCCCUGGAGCAAGCCGGCCGUCUGAACUGGUGGGCGACCGUGGAUCCCAGCUGCCAACGGCUGCUCCCUCUGGCCACCACCGGCGACGGCAACUGCCUGCUCCACGCCGCCUCCCUGGGCAUGUGGGGUUUCCACGAUCGAGAUCUCAUGCUUCGCAAAUCCCUUUACACCUUGAUGGAUAAAGGCAUGGAAAGGGAAGCCCUGAAGCGGAGGUGGCGUUGGCAGCAAACACAGCAGAACAAGGAGUCCGGGCUCGUUUACACCGAGGAGGAGUGGCAGAAGGAGUGGAACGAGCUGAUCAAGCUGGCGUCCAGCGAACCUCGCGUGCACUACGGCACCAAUGGCGGCGGCUGCGGCGGCGUUGAAAGCUCCGAAGAGCCGGUGUACGAGAGCCUGGAGGAGUUCCACGUUUUCGUCCUUGCCCACGUGCUGAAGAGACCCAUCGUGGUGGUGGCGGACACGAUGCUGCGGGACUCAGGGGGAGAAGCCUUUGCCCCCAUUCCCUUUGGAGGCAUCUAUCUUCCCCUGGAAGUCCCGGCCAACAAAUGCCAUCGCUCCCCGUUGGUCCUUGCCUAUGACCAAGCCCAUUUUUCUGCCCUGGUAUCCAUGGAACAGAAGGAACCCACAAAAGAUCAAGCUGUGAUCCCCCUGACGGACUCCGAGCACAAACUGCUCCCCGUGCACUUUGCCGUGGAUCCUGGGAAGGAAUGGCAGUGGGGGAAGGACGACAAUGACAACGUCAAGCUGGCCAGCGUGACGCUAUCGCUGGAGGCAAAGCUGCACUUGCUGCACAGCUACAUGAAUGUUAAAUGGAUCACGUUGCCUUGUGACAUGCAGGCGCCCUUGGCCCAGCCGGAAUCCCCUACAGCCUCGGCAGGCGAUGACGCUCGUUCAGCCGCGGAGUCGGGAGAGUCGGACAAGGAGUCGGUCUGCAGCAGUUCCGCGAGCAAUGGUGGCAUCAGGAGUUGCAAGGACAAAGAGAAACCAAAGAAGGAGCGAGAAAAGGAGAAGGAAAAAGAUAAAAAACGGGCAGACUCGGUGGCCAACAAGCUGGGCAGCUUCGGCAAGACUUUGGGAAGUAAGCUAAAAAAGAACAUGGGGGGCCUGAUGCACGGCAAGGCCGUCAAGGGAGGCAUGAGCAACGGGCAGGGAGAUACCUUGGAGAAGAAGAAGAAAGGAUCCUUGAAGAUGAGGAAAGGCAGCAAGGAGGAAUCUUCCCAAGGAGAUUUGUCAGCUCCUGUGGAGAAAACCUGCCCAGGGAAAGCAGCCCCCGAAAAGCCGGCAGAUCCGUAUAAAUACAGCAACGACGUCCGGCUGAGCUUGAGCAUCCUGCGGGCUGCCAUGCAGGGCGAGCGCAAGUUCAUCUUUGCCGGGCAGCUCAAGACCAGCAACCGGCACCAGUACCAGGAGGAGAUGAUCCAGCGGUACCUUCUGGAUGCUGAGGAGCGCUUUAUGGCUGAGCAGAAACAAAAGGAAGCGGAAAAGAAAGCGCUGGGGAACGCUGCCAAGAAACCGGAGCCGGAGGUGAAUCCCCACAAGGGUGAGGAGGUGAUGCUCAACCCCGCGUACCCCCAGCCUCCCUCCACGUACACCAUCCACACCCCGGAUCUGGCCGUCAGCGCAAAAAUAGCAGCUUUUCCCUCCGGCUAUUCAGGCGUUUUCACCUUUCCCAGACCCUCCAUGAUCAACAGCGUGGAAGGGUCGCAUCCUGCCGGCUACCAAGACAGCAGGCGGCAGGUAGCCGGCGGCUCCUGCAGCAACCUCCCUCCCUACGCCACCUUACCGCGGCACUGCGUCCAGGCGCGGCCGAACCCCUACCAAACCAGCCCUUCCCACCUGGGGAGAUUCUCCCCCACGGACACAGAUGUCCAUCCUGCCUUCCCGUCGGAAUGCGACGGCUCCGCCUGCCUCCCCCCGCACAGCAACGGCUACAGGGAAUCCCUCGAGCAGGAUGGCUCGCAGAGAGGAACGCCGGCCGACAAAGCCAAGAGCCGAGUCCUUUAUAACGUUCAGCAGACCAAAUGCAAGCAACCGAACUGCAGUUUUUAUGGACAUCCAGAAACUGGGAAUUUCUGCUCCUGCUGUUACAAAGAGGAGAUGAAACGCAAGGAGCGGGAGGCUCUGGUGCACAGGUUCUGAACACCCUGCCCCGGCGCCGCUCACGGGACCCAGGAAAGAUGGGGAAUGCAAUAAUAGCUCUGAAAUAUUCUUUUUAACUCCCCUGAGGCGCUCCUCUCCCUGUUUCGGGAAGGAAGGAGCAGGUAUUUGGCUGAAUGGGCUGAGAAAUGGGAUUUGGCUGAGGUGAUGGAUUUGAAGGAGGAGAAGGGGUGAGAAAAACCAACUCUUCCCACCCGGAGACUCUGGGAGAGGGAGGAGGGUACUUUGCGAGAGGCUUUUUCUGCCAAGGGUGCCCAGGGCGCUCUGCUCAGAGCACGGGGUGGAAGCUGAGGGGCUUCUUCGCGCCGACCCAAUAAACCAAACCAAAGCUUUCGCAUGGCGAGCAGCACCCACCAGGUUCCUCCAGCCAGACGCCGCCGUCGCCGACCGCCCAGGAUCAAAAACGCCCCAGCGGUUUCAGUUUGAAUGUCACAGACCUUUUCACGGACAGAUUAUCGGGGUUUUUUUUUUUUAAACGCUGUUUUUUAUUUUAUAUUUCUUUUGGCUGGUACUGAGCGACGUCUGGUUGGAAUUGGACUUGAUUGGGGUUUUGUUCGGUUAAACUCAGCCCAGCGCCCGUCUGAUGGCUCCGAGCAUCUCCAAGCGUCUCCGGGGCUCUCCCCUUCCGAGGGGGGCUCCACUCUGGUUUUAAACUGUUAUUUUUUUAACUCUUUUCUUGGGGUGGGAGGGAGAUGGAGGGGUUGCUCCCAGUGCUUGAGUGGGUUUGGAGGUGUUCCCUGCAGAAAUACUGUGCGCAAACCAUUCCGUCGGCCGUGCGGUCGGCCGGGGAUCGAGAGGAGAAACGAGGUCAGUGUCUGCACCCAGCAAUAACCAUCGGCGUGGGGAAAGUAGGGAGGACGAAGAGCGUACGUGGACGCAACCCACCCCCGCGAUAACUCUUUCUUACUUGAGCGAGCUACUCUGUACUACCUCUGUUCUGCUGAAUCGAAUUAACUCGGCUCCAUUUUGCUGAGCCACCAUAACUGACCUUAGGCUGAGGAAUAUUAAAUAUUUUUGAUAAUUAGGGCUAAAGAGCGAAACGUUAAGCGAAUCCGUAACUAACUGACAGGCUCCGUGUGGUCGCUCCCUUCCCUCCUCCCGGCCCCUGUGGCGCAGGAUGAUCCCGAAGCUCCCGGCUCGCAGCGGGGGGGGGAAACUUUAGCACUGCGAUGUUUGCACAGAUCCUUUUCUCUUUUUGUAACUCCAGCUCCCCAAGCGGACUCCAUCCUGUACAGAGCGAGGUUCGGCGUGCUGCCACGUGGAAAUAAACCAUGAAUUCUACCCGUAACCCAAAGCUUGACACCGUUCCCUCCUUGGUCGCCGUGGGCAGAAGGCAUUGAGCUAUGCAAUCCCUGCCCGGGGAGGAGGUGGAUGUGUUCUUCACCCCGGAGAGUCACCCGAAGCCUUAUUCCCCCCCCAAAUCCCUGAGGUUUGGUUCUGAUGUUCAGGUUUUACCCCUUUACUCUUUAUCUAAACCCCCUCUUUCUUCGACCGUAGAUUCACUGACAAUAAACAGCAUCGCCUG